AUGCUGCCUUCCCCCCAGGUGGUGCUGGGCGUCGCGGCCGGUGCGCCGAACGACGGCAACGCCAAGACCGACUACGACUUCCGCUUCGACGCCGGGUCGCACUUCCGGGAGGAGAAGAAAGGCGAGGACGGCAUCACGCGCGGCCGCUACGGGUUCCGGACUCCCGACGGCUGCAUGCACGUGGUGCGCUACCAGGCCAACGAGGCCGGCGGGUAUCGCGUCCUGGGCUCCAGCAGGGAAAACUGCAUCGCUAAGGUUCGCCGACCAAUCGCUCGAGCGAGGACGGCAUCACGCGCGGCGCUUACGGGUUCCGGACUCCGACGGCUGGGCAUGCACGUGGUGCGCUACCAGGCCAACGAGGCCGGCGGGUAUCGCGUCCUGGGCUCCAGCAGGGAAAACUGCAUCGCUAAGGUUAUAUCUGCAUUUACUUCCAAGCCAGAGGCUGUGAUUGAGGAGCGCCAAGGCAGACAGUUGCGACGCCCCAACCUGACAACGCAGCGACCUGCACCGACCACGACCACCACAACCACCACGACCACCACCACUCCUCGACCCAAAGAUGAGCCAGAGCCAUCGUACACCUUUGGAUUCACGACUCCCACUCACGGCCACUCGGAGACGGGUCUUCCUGACGGCUCCAAGAAGGGCGAAUACUACUGGGACGCUCCCGACGGCUGGAGGCGCAUCGUCACCUACGUUGCCAACGAGAGGGGAUUCUUCCCCAAGAUUCGCCGCGUGAGGAUCCCCACCACCACCCCGAAGCCCCCGCCAGUGACCGAGGACCGAGGCAAAGGGCCCGGCGGCAAGGGCCGCCAGAGGUGCCCGCGAUCCCGGGCAACAGGCUGUCCUUAUUGUCUUUCUACACAACAGCCAGGAUUGAACUACAUUGGGAACGCCACCACCGAAAUGGGCACCAAGAGACCGGGCCAGUUCGGUACAUUCUGGGGCCUCGGGAGACGGCUACGAGCACAAGGAAACACCCACUUAUGCCGGCACUGGAUUUCCUACCGACCCCAGGACGCCCCGCUGCGCCAGCUGGAAGACGGCCGAGUACGGGCAGGCGCCUUCAUCAUCCCCAAGCCUGACGAAGAGCGACGCAACACAGAGAAGAGGAUACUGAAGUGGCUGGAGGAGAACAGAGAGCGCCUCAGCAAUCCCCUGUGAUGGGCUGUUUGACGCCGCCCCCGCCCCUCGCCCUUGGCCCAUCGCCGGGGAGGGGCCAUGUAGUGGACAACGAAGGAAGAAUUUCAACAUCAUGAUUCAGUGUGUUGUCUUGUGCUGUCUGUGACCGCUUUUUCAUUAUUUUUUAUCAUUAUUUUCCUCGCGAGCGUUGGUUUCAAGAGAAUAUAGACGUCAACUGAAAACCUCCAUAACGUCGGUUUGAUCCUCUGCUGUUUUUUUGUUUUUUGUUUUUUUUAAUCGUCUGAUGAAAAAAAAUGUUUGAAUUUUGAGUUGUAAAUAGAGACAGAUGUUUCAUUGAUUUUGUUCGUUUGUUUGUUUUCAGUAACAUGUCCAUUUUCCCGCUUUCAGUCUCCAUUUUACAGACAGUGGUUACAAGUGUUGCCAGUUCUUGGAAGAGGAUGUCUAAUACUAACACAUCACUGAUGUUGACUUGCCCUCUUGUCGAUACGUGCUGGGUGGACCACAGCAUAUGUUCAUUGUUGAAGUUAGGAUUAAGUGUGAUGUACAGUACAUAUAGUCUAAUAAAUAAAAAUAUAUCACCCCAUC